AUGGGAGGCAAACAACCUAAAAGCACCCCACCGACUCGACACGCUCGCUUGCCCCUGGAGGACCACCCUUCCACCCGUCGCUUGUCAUCAUCUCCCGACUUUACUUUUAUCAUCAGCUCGGCACCGGGCCCAAAUCUAAGACACUGUAAUAAUCGGCGGUCAAUGACGUUUAUUCCACGCCCGUUUCCUCCUCCCGCCCUUGUCGGCGUCCCGCUCGAGUACAUCAAGGUUCAGCUUCACGAGCUUGCACCUCAGUACUGGGCCUCACCAGAUACGGCGGACUGUACCAUCGUUGUACCGAUUCCGCUGAAGCAGGCAGACACUCCGGAUGCCCCCUUGUUCCCGCCGGGCACGCUGGGCUCUGCACGUAGAGCUGCCGCUCAUGAUCCCUCGGGCACUGGCAGGCGCGCCACGGAGCCUUCAAUGCCAUUCGCACCUCGGAUACUCAUGAGGCUCCACGUGGACUACCUAUCUGCGCAUUCGCCGUUCUUUCGCGCGCUGUUCAGCGGUACCUUGCCGAUGGACCUCUUGAGCUCGAGGUCGCCCAGUUCCUGUCAAUCUCAAUCAAAGCUUUCUCCCCGCCUAAUAUCCUCCUCGACGACUCAAAUAUCCGUCUUCAUCCCCGUUCCCGAUGCGUCCUCAUUCCGCGUCCUGAUUCACUGGAUAUACUUUGGCCAGACGCAACUCCUCGCCGAGUGCCUCGCGCGCGGCGUGGUGAGUUGGGAGGGUGUCGCCCGAAACGUCGAGUACCUGCAACUCGGGAACGAGAUCAGGUCCUUCCUCGGUGGUUGGUGGGCAACGUACCUACGGCCGGGUGCGUUAGAACUGAAAGCCGACUCAGACGAUGAAGAACUGGAGGAUGUCGUGAGCGGGAGCGAAAGUGAGGCUGGGAGCGAAUUCUCCACGACGGAGUCCGACGAUGACGACGACGACGACGACGCGGAGUUCUACGCCAAUGCAUGUCGUUCACAAGAUGACCGCAUAUCGCCGAGAGGGAGGCAGCGUACACGAUCCCCAUAGCUUCCGUCUUCACAACGUCUUCGGCCAACGCAUCAAUGACCACAUCCAACCGCUCGCGCGUCUCUUGGAUGCUGCACGCAUGCCGACUGCUGCUAUCCUACAGCACAUGGUUAUUUGCUGUAUCUUUAUUGCCUUGCAGAUCACUCCCUUCUCGCAGUAGGGCGGUGGUAUAGCAAGGCUGCUUCCUCGUUCCGUCUUGGACCACCAUAGUUUCAGGGCGUAUAUUUUCGCCUUCCUCCUUACUUCUCCCGGACACCUCCACCCUUCGUAUCUUCGUCAUUCGUUUUGCCGAUAUACCUCGUGCAACCCACGCCUUAUCCUAGUCCCGAACCAUACAAAUGUACUAUCAC